UUGUGUAAAUAAUGUGAAAUGAAUAUAAUUUAAUUGAAAAUUGAUAUUACAAGUGUGUAAAAAGUGUUUAACACAAUGACGGAUCGUCGCAAGGAUAUGUGGAAACUGUUGUACAACUUGGUAAAUCGCAAUGAAACUGAACUCAAUGAUGUGUUUGUUUUUGUCGAUGAUAUCUUGUGCAAAGAACCCAGUUUAAUAAGAUAUUCCGUGAAGGAGAGCACCAAUCGUUUCCAAGACACUUUCAUAUUGUGGCUGGUGAACAAACUAGUAAAGUCCUUGAAAGUUGAAACUGAUCAGGAUUAUGAAAUUCACGAAAAGAAUCUAAAAGUUCAGCGUAAAUUAUUGAAUUCAUGCUUGAUUAAUCGAGGCGUUUUAUUUGAAACCUUAAUAAAGGCCUACAUUUCAGCCAUAGAUCAAUUAUGUGAGGAAUAUUCAAAAGUGGAUCUCUCUUGUCAAGAGGAAGUUGAAAGUCAGCUACUUAAAAUAACAGCAUUCACUUCCACCGAUGACUGCUUAAAAGAAAUUGAUCCAAAUUUUAGCUUUCCGCCCAUCGAAGUUGACAUAGACGAUGUCGAUGAUUAUGUGCAGGCAUUAUUGCAAGUUUUACAUCAUGGCCUAUUUGUGGGUUACACCAACUACUCCUUAACAUUUGAAAGUUCCCUACUGACAGUGCUGAAAGCUUUAAAGGAAUGCGAAUUUUCUACAAAACUAUAUUGUUUGCAAUAUUUGGGUAGAGUCUUUGAAAAGGUGCCCACGCUAAACACCAACCUACAGUACCUUUAUGAGCUUAGUCUAAGCGCCUUAACAAUGAUGUGGAAUUAUAUGCCCAUUUGGUUGAAUAAUAAUUGUUUUGCCUUGGAUACGUUAGGCGAGUUUGUAGAAGAAUCUUGCAGUUUUUUGAGAAUAUUAAAGAGUUUACAACAUCAAGUUGAACAAAAAGAUGUACUCAUACGUCACUGCUUUCUGUUAAUGGAGUACAUUUAUGAAAUUCAUCAAUGGCAACGUUUUCGUACAGGACAACAUGUCCAUAACUUGAUUGACGUUUUUAAAAUGCUGGUAGAAUUAAUGUUUCAAUUAAUUAAUUCCUCAACUAUGAUCAAAGAUCACCAAGGAAAGUUUUAUAAUCUUUUUUGGCGUGUAGUGGAAGAUUAUCCUUUUGUUUUGCGCCUUUUGCCAGCCUACUUGCAAAACAAUAAAGAAACCAACAAACUGGACCAAUAUUUUAAGUUUAUUGAAUUAAAAGUGUUGGAAUUUUUUAAAUUGGAAGCAUGGAAUAUUUCACAAUUUGAAUUAGCCAAAGAAUGUUUAAAUAGUUUAAAACUAUGGGAACAUUUAAAUCAGCAUCAACAACAAUUGCAGGAGGCAAAAAAUGUGGAUACUAUACAACAGUUUAUAGAAAUAAUACAAUUCAAACUACCAACAAAUACUGUACGAUUUGAUAAAUGGCUAAAACCUUUAGAUUUGUGGUGCUCAAAACUUAAUCAUUCCAGCCGAGUGUCGACUACUGAAAUGGGUGAAAUAAUAAUAGCUAGCUUUUUACUACAGUCCAGCAUUAUAGUGACACAAUUGCCGUCUCAAAUACAAGCUAAAUUAUUAGAAAUUGUUUUGAAACCUAUAAAGAAUUUUAAUCCCAUGAAAUUUCUUAAAUAUGAUUCCACUAAUUUGGAACUCACCUUGGAUAUGUUAUGUUUUGUAGAUAAUUUGAAAAACGAAAGUGUUAUCAACAAUAUCAAAAACUCUUUAAAGACUGUAGGCAAGCAAAUAUUUUUGUCCAACAAAGAACAAGAUAAUUUAAUAUUAAAAUUUACCGCCUGCCUGCCCAAUUUUGUGGCCAAGCAAUGGCUCACCAUGGAGUUUGUAAUGAAAGAAUUCCUUGUAGCCAAUCUAAAAAUUGAAGAGGUCUAUACAAAUUUGCUAAAAUUGUUAAGCUGCUUUAAUGCUGAAUCAAAAGAAGUGGUGCUAAUAAAGAAAUUUCCUUUUUCUAAGAGUAUUUGUGAAGUAAAUUGUACACAGUUACUAGAAAUUGAAGUUUUAUGUUUAAAAUGUUUCAACUAUUUGCCAGCAUCACAAAAACUAAAAGAUUUUUUGGAAAAGCAAAUGAAUAUUAUCUCUGUUGAAAAUGUGUCCUCUAUAGUCACAACUAAUCAAAGACUACCUACCGACAUGAAAUUACUACUGAUACAACAACUUUUUAUAAAUAAAGAAUUACAUCUCAUAAACAAUCAUCUGGCCUAUUGUCAUAUCACUUCAGAAGAAUGCCUUAAAUCUAUAUUUUCCAUAACGGAUAUGACAAAACUGUAUAUGCCAACAGUAUCCUCGGUAUUGGCGGAAUUCAUACGAAAUGAACCGGAAUUUAUUCAUCAACAUUCGGCUGCUGUUUUACGCAAAGUAGUAGAAUCCUUAACGUCUUCUCAAACUUCUCAACAUCAACGCAUAAUUUUGGAGAUUAUUGGUUGCAGCACCCAAAGUGGUUUACUUACGGAACAUUGGCUUUUUCAUUUCUUUAAAAUGACAUUCUUUUAUCUUCUGCAUUCCGAAUCGAAGGUGGUGCAUGAGGCCAUACUAAUAGGUUGCGAAAUGUGCAGUGCUUAUAAUGUCCAGCCUAUUCAGCUGUGGAAUUGGUAUAAAAGAGAUGCUUUGAAUUUAAUUGUCAAGCUCAUGAUUUAUGUUUAUCUAACAAAAGGGGUGCGAAUGACCAGAUCAUUAAAGGCGUUUACCAAAAUGCUUGGCUUUUCCUGUGUGCAGGAAUUCAUUUGUAAAUACUAUCGCCUCUUGGUCACUAUGAUUUUGCCCUACUGUGUUAAGGCUCCUCUGUGCAAAGGACUUAUUGUCAGUAUAUCGAAAAUAACGCGAAAACCAGUACCAAAUUUAUUUGUUGUAUCAUUUCUUCGUAUUUACACUCACAUUUAUUUAACCGAAGACUCAGAGAUUGGCAAUGCCUGUAUUGAAUUUAUUGGAAAAUGUACUGGCGCCAGUUUAAGUAAAUUAAUGAAUACCGAUGUCAAGCAAACUGUUUCGGAAUUUCUUGUUUACUUCAAUCGCAGUCCCACUUUUGUCAUGCAAGCAUUUCAGUGUCUUCUCCCCAAUGAGGUUGGUGCCAACUGUUCAUCUGCUGUAAAUAAAUCUCUUAAAAGUCCCACCCACGAAUUUGCCAGUUUCAUAACAGAUCGUUUUCUGGGUGUUAUAACUUACUUUCAAACCUGUUUGGCAGAACCAAAUUUCGAAAAACCUCUAAAAGAAGAAACUCUGUAUAGUUUGGGACAAAUAAUGCGUUUAAUUGGUCCUAAUAAUGUUACACAAUUUCGUUUCAAAAUCAUAGCCAUGUUAAGUUUUGUUUUAACACUCAAUGAUCGUAAUUUACAAAACAUUUGCCUGAAAAUAUGGAAUAUAUUCUUGCAUAUUGUUAAUACACAAGAACUGGGUCCUUCACUUAGUCGUAUAGUGGCCUCGUUGCAGCCUUUAAUGGCUACUAAUACCCAGGAGGUUAAUGAUAUAUAUGACUACUUGAUAUUGAAAAACGAUAGUUUGUUGGGUGUUUAUAUACCGGAUCUGUAUUUCUUGGAGGACAUGCCAGAAGUCAAGCCGAACAUAAGGCAAUAUGUGGCCCGGCAAACAGAGAUUUUAAAUAUAGAACGUAAUGGUGUGGCCGACAAAUUGGGUUUUCUCUACAAACAAGUGUGUAAUGAAAAUCUGCAAGUGCGCAUUUAUGGCUUAAAUUAUAUGAGAUCAUUUAUAGCCAAAUAUAGGUCUGAAAUAAACAAUAUGAUUUUGGACACGGUACCAGUGGAUCCCUUAAUCGAACAAAUUGUAGAUGAACUGAUGAAAGGCUGCAGACAUGAUGACCGUAAUAUGAAUUUAGCCUCGGCCAAGUGUUUGGGCGAACUGGGUGCCAUUGAUCCCAGUUAUAUGUCUUCAAAUUUUUCCUUUAUGAAUUCAGCCGAAAUCUCUUUAAGCAUACACACCGAUGAUUUUGCUAAAAUGGCCUUAAUGGAACUGUGUAAGGCCUAUCAGUUUCAAAAGGAUACAAAAUAUGUGGACAACUUUUCUUUGGCCAUACAAGAAACAUUAUCAGUGUUUGGUGUGUCGCCCAAAGAAAAUAAAAAGCUUAAUGUUUGGGAUGCUCUACCCACAAGAAUGCAACAGGUAAUGGAGCCAUUACUCAACUCUUGCUAUACUGGAUCCAGAAGAGAAAGCAAAUUAACAGAGCAUCCUUUGUUUGAAAGUAGUCUUUGUCGCAGCUAUGAGGAUUGGUCAUUUGCUUGGGCCUGUCGUCUUAUAGAAAUGGUACAAACAGAUGAAACCAAACAUUUAUUAAAUUCCUACAAGCCCAGCAUUAAAAGAGACACUAAUAUGUUGGCCAUAUUUUUCCCCUACAUUCUGCUACAUGCCCUACAAGAGUGUCCUCCGGAGAAAGUUCAGCAAAUCUAUGAAGAAUUUAUGGCCGUUUUCAACUUUUGUAGUCGGGACAAUACCUCCCAACAAGAAAUGGAAGUCUCCGGCUAUAGAGAAUUUAAAUCUAGCAAAUAUUCUGCCGAAAAAAUGCCAUCAGAAUCCGGCAAUUCUGAACAAUUUGAAACCUCUGAAACUUUAACACAAACAUGCACCAAAUUAUGUUCAGAGCAAGUGGAUUUUUUGCAAAGAUGGAUACGAGAAUGGCAAAAAGUCAAUAUGGUGGGUGGUAAAUUGACCCAAACCGAUGAUCGUUUUAAGAACAUACAAGGUUUCAUUAAGAAAUUCAAUAAAGCUUUAAUAUCAAAGGCCAACUAUAAUUCGGGAGAGUACGCUAGAGCCUUAAUGUAUCUGGAAGAAUAUAUUGAAGAACAAUCCACGGUACGACUGCAAGAACAACUGUCAUUUCUUAUCGAGAUACAUGGUAAAUUAAUGGAUUCGGAUUCGGUAGAGGGUGCAGUUUAUAUGAAGAAAUCAAAUCUUUCUUUGGAAGAAGAAAUUCUCGUUAAUCGUUUGAUCGAUAAGCCCGAAGAGACUAUAACCUGUUAUGAGCAAUUGUUGUCGAAGGACGAUCAUCAAAUAAAUCAGGAUCAUAUUAAAGGUAUGAUUGAUUGCUAUUUACGUAUGGACAAUCCCGAAACUGCACUACUUAUUACCGAUGGUCUUUGGCAAAAGUUAGCCGAUCAAUAUACUGACGACUACUUCAAAGAAUGCAAAUCGGAAUUGCUAUGGCGUUUAGGCCGUUACGACGAACUACAGGAGUUAUUAGAAGAUUCAGUGGUUAGGCGUAAAACAACCAACUGGAAUAUACAAUGUGCUGAAUCAUUUUUGCUUUUCCGCCAACCAAACGAUACACAACAACAAACAUUUGAAACAUUCCUAGAACAACUGGAUGUUAUACGCUCCAAUGUGGUCAGCUCUAUGAGAUCAUGUUCUGUGGUCACCGGCAAUUCCUAUACACAUUCCUAUGAUGAAGUCAUACGAUUACAUCUUCUAAAUGAGCUGGAGAAUAAUAAAGAACUAAUCAAUCAAGUGAAAAAGUAUACCUCCGGCAAUAACAUGGAAAGACAAGAAGCCAAAAAUACUGAGCUAUGCCUCAAAGAAGUACAAGAAUUCUUUGUAAAUUGGGAUGCUCGCUUAGAAGUGUUACAGCCUAUAGCACGUGUUUUAGAGCCGGUGUUUUGUUUCCGCCGAAACUUGCUAUUGGAAACCCAACGAAUUAUGCAACAAGACUUGUCUUGUGCAAAGAAUCUCAUAGCAAAAGUUAAUGAUGGAAUCAAUGAUCAUUUGGUGAAAUUAUGGUUGCGUACCAUACAUAUGAAUCGUGAGGCUGGUUGCUUACAACAAGCUCAAAUCUCCAUUAUGAAGGCAGAACAAUAUCAGCCGGUUACACUGUUUUUGGAAAAGGCCAAACUUUUGUGGCAAAAGGGUAAUCAAAGUAAUUGUUUUAAGUUGCUGGAGGAAAACAUUAAGGUUUUGGAAAAUAGAUGUGAAGGUGAUCUACGAAAACUGGACACUGCUAGUCGUCACCUCUAUGCUGAAUCGAAAUUUCUGCAAGCUUCCUACAAUGCUGAAUCCAUGAAUAUAUGCUCUGAAUUGAAUUUACGUUACUUUAAAGAAGCUGUGACUGGCAAUCGCACUAGUGAAAAAUAUUUGGUACACUAUUCCCAGUAUAUGGAAAAGAUUUAUGAUUCUUUUACCCGCGAGCAAAAGGAAUCUGAAAAUGGCUGUCGUUUACUAUUGGACAUAAUGCUACACUAUGCAAAAUCCCUAAAAUACGGCUAUGCCAAUGUGUAUCAGUCUCUUCCGCGCUUGCUUAGUAUAUGGUUAGAUUUCACUUCACAAUUGGUAUCAAUGACCGACUCCAAUCAAACCUCAGACUCUGGCCAGGCGGCAAAGAUUCAUUUAUUCCAAGAAUUGGCCAAGAAAAUGAACGAUAUGAUUAAUAAUUGUGUUAAUAUGUUGCCCAUUUCAAUAUUUUAUACCGCCUUCUCUCAGCUACUUUCACGCAUCUGUCAUCCUUCUGCUGAUGUCUUUAAUAAUUUAAGAAAUAUUUUCAUUAAACUCAUCGAACAUUUUCCCCAACAAUCCUUGUGGAUGCUAUUGCCCACCUUUAAAUCCUGCCACAAUUCACGUAUAAAAAGAUGCCGUCUCAUCUUUACCGAUGCUCGUCUCAACAAACCCGGCUUUCAAAAGUUACUCACUGAUUUUAAUAUGUUGGCUGAGCGUUUAAUUGAGCUCACCGACAAAGACGUGACCUUUGAUCGCACUUAUGAAUUGAGUACUUUGGUGCGUCAACUGCCCAGGCUUUUUGAGGAUAGUAAUUUUUCGAAAAUAAUGUUGCCUUUUGAAAAAUUCAUGCAGCCUUCAUUUCCCAUCACUUCGACUGCAGAGUCUUUGAAUUUAAAUACAUCUGCAUCGCCAGAUACCACAGUAAAUUCAUCAUCUGUGCCUAGCAAUCCCUUUCCAAGUUGCUGUGUUUAUUUGCGCGGCAUUAGUGAAGAGGUUGUGGUGUUAAGAUCGGCUGCCAAGCCUAAGAAAAUCACGAUUGAAUGUAGUGACGGUGUCUUGUACAAUGUUAUGGUCAAGCCGAAGGAUGAUUUGCGCAAAGAUUUUCGUUUAAUGGAGUUUAAUGGUUUAGUUAAGCGGUUUCUGCAUCAGGAUUCAAAGGCCCGCCAUCGCCGUCUACGCAUACGCACCUAUGCCGCCAUACCUUUCAAUGAAGAAUGUGGUUUGGUUGAAUGGUUACCCAACCUUAACUCCUUUAGAGGCAUUUGCGUGUCCAUGUAUCGCUUGCGUGGCUUGGGCAUACCAGAUCGAGCACUACGACAAUGUGCUCUACCAAAAACAGAUCCCAUGGAAAAAAAGAGAGCUAUGUUCACCGACGUCUUACUGGCACGACAUCCACCCAUCUUUCAAGAAUGGUUUAAACAACGGUUUCCCUCGCCACAUACAUGGUAUCAAGCCAGAAGUUCCUAUGUGAAAACUAUAGCUGUAAUGUCUAUGGUCGGUUAUAUAUUGGGUUUGGGUGAUCGUCAUGGCGAAAACAUACUCUUCGACGAAACGAAUGGUGAUGCUGUACAUGUCGAUUUCAAUUGUCUCUUCAAUCAAGGUGAAUCAUUUGCUUAUCCAGAAAUUGUACCUUUUCGUCUAACACACAACAUGGUAUUCGCCAUGGGACCUUUGGGUGUGGAAGGACUAUUUCGUAAAUGUUGUGAAAUUACUUUGCGUGUGCUCAAGGAUGAAUCGAAAACUUUAAUGUCGGUGUUAAGGCCAUUUGUUUAUGAUUUGGGUGCCAUAAAUCGUUUGAAGGGAAAAACUCCUUCCGGCUUGGAAAUAACAGAUCCAAAAGCCAUUACCGAUGUUAAACGUAUAGAAGAAAGAUUGCAGGGUUAUGUUAAAAGAACUCUGGGUAAUAGUAUGCCUUUGUCAACUGAAGGUCAAGUUAAUUUUCUUAUAAACGAAGCUACAGAUAUUGAUAAUUUGGCAUCGAUGUAUAUAGGCUGGGGUUCCUAUAUAUAGAAAAACGGAUGUAUCCAUAAAUUGUUAUAAAUAAAUAAGAAUAAUGUUUUGUUACUUAAAAUUAAAA